AGAUGUUGAGGGACAGAUGGAACCAUGGUGUCUAGAGAGGGGAUAUUGGGAGACCGCUGCUGAGCCCCCAGGAGGACCCAGACACCUCUCCCUCUUUAUAAGACUAAACCAAAACCAAGCCUUGGGAAAGAAUUUGAAAAAUGGAAAAAGAAACGGACAACCUAGAAUAUUCUCAUGUCAUCUGGGGUGGCAGGUGGGGGUGGGAAGUUGCAGACGGGAUAAGGAUUGGACAAAUAAAGCCACCUGGGCCCAAGGUUUUCUCCUGGCUCCUCCACACCAUAUGCCCCGGUGAGGAGAGAGCAUGUUCCUUCCCCAGGGUGCAUCCUCUGCCAGGAGUGAGCUGUUAUGCUGCAACCAGGCGAGGUGUCUUGGGCAGCAGCCGCAGAAGGCUUCAAAAACCUACCAGCAGCCAGGAAGCUGACACUCAGACCCGCUGGCCAUUCCCUCCUCCUCUGGGUCUUCUAGGCCCCGACCUCACUUAGACCUGAGAGUUGUGGGGAAGCAGGAAUAAUAGACCCAGGCUUGGAGGAGAGACAGCAGGUCUGACAAACAGGAAAAAACAAAACAAAACAAUGAUUUUCAGAACCUGGGAGGUAGAGGGUUUCUUCUCUUUCGCCUCCGUUCUGAAAGGAUGGAAAUUAGCAGAGAAGUCUGAUUCUGAUUCCCUUCUACCAACAGGAACCCCCAGACACAAGCCGCCUCUAGUUGUCUCUCAAACGAUUUGGGCUUCUGGGACAUUUACCCGGCCCUCCCUUGAGGGACCGGCUUCAAGUAAGCAGGGGUUAACUUUUCUCAAAACACAAUUAACUUUUUCCUAUUCUGCGUGGAGUGCGUGUGCGUGGGGGAGGGAUGUAUUUAUUUACCCGCUGGGGAAUGAAGUGGUCUCAGCCCAAGUGCUCCCUCCCCCCUCCGAGGACAGACGCCUCUUUGCCUGUUUCGCAGAUCCUACGUAGGUGGAACAGGACGCGUCGUGUUGUUGGGGGGAGAGAGAGAAAAGAGGAGAAGGAGGGGGAAAAAAAAAGGUUGAUAGGUUUGUGCGCGGUCCCUCGUGCGGACUGCGCUCCUCCUGGGUGCUAUUUGACAAUUCCUGCCUCUGCCAUUGGUCAGUGUUGGAUCAGAUGGUUGUAUUUCCUUCUGGCCCGCACUGGCACCUCGCCAUCCCCCCUCAGCUAAAACCCAAUCUCGGAUAUACUACUAAUAGGCGCGGCGCUCGGACUAUAAAACACAACAAAUCAUAAACCCGGCGGAGCAGCAGCGGCCGCGCGCCUCCCCUGCCAAUGAGUUCCUAUUUCGUGAACUCCACCUUCCCCGUCACUCUGGCCAGCGGGCAGGAGUCCUUCCUGGGCCAGCUGCCGCUCUACUCAUCCGGCUAUGCGGACCCGCUGAGGCAUUACUCGGCGCCCUACGGGCCCGGGCCCGGCCAGGACAAGAGCUUCGCCGCUUCCUCCUACUACCCAGCGGCCGCGGGCGGCUACGGCCGGGCUGCGCCCUGCGACUACGGCCCGGCGCCGGCCUUCUACCGAGAGAAGGAGUCGGCCUGCGCGCUCUCGGGCGCCGACGAGCCUCCCCCAUUCCACCCCGAGCCGCGGAAGCCGGACUGCGCGCAGGACAAGAGCGUGUUCGGCGAUACGGAGGAGCAGAAGUGCUCCACGCCGGUGUACCCGUGGAUGCAGCGGAUGAAUUCGUGCAACAGUUCCUCCUUCGGGCCUAGCGGCCGGCGAGGCCGCCAGACCUACACGCGCUACCAGACGCUGGAGCUGGAGAAGGAAUUUCACUAUAACCGCUACCUGACCCGGCGGAGGCGCAUCGAGAUCGCGCACGCCCUGUGCCUGACCGAGCGCCAGAUCAAGAUCUGGUUCCAGAACCGGCGCAUGAAGUGGAAAAAGGAAAGCAAACUGCUCAGCGCGUCGCAGCUCAGUGCCGAGGAGGAGGAAGAGAAACCGGCCGAGUGAAGGUGCUGGAAAGGGAGGGGGGACGCGAAGGCAGAGGCCCUUGCGGACCCCAGGGCUUCGGAGAGGCCGGGAAGGCUCUGCGGGCGGCGGGGGAGCCCAGAGACCCGCGCGCCAUGGCGACAGGCGACCCCGCACCCUCCCAGACCCCGCCCGCAGAGCUCCCGCCACAGCCGGGCGCUCCGGCGGCGCCGCCUGAGCCCACCCCACACCCCAGCACCCCCUCCCUCCCCGAGGAACCCGCCCGGGCCUGGUCAGGCUCCCGGGUGAGAACUGAGAAUGGGACUCACUUGAUGUUUGCUGGAAGCAGAGCGCAAUGCUCUUGUAUGUGUCGCGUCUCAUUUGGUCCACGUCCCCCGUGCACGGUUCAAUGGUAGAUUCGCUGCCCCUCAGCAGGGGCCUCGAAGACUCCCUGACCCCAGACUUGUCGUCUGUCCCACCCCCGCCCCAAAACCACUGGAAGGAAGGAGCACAUACUACCUAGAAGAAGAGGAGCCUCAGAAGAAAACAAAGUUCUAUUUUAUUAAUUUUCUAUGUGUUGUGUUUGUAGUCUUGUCUUAGCUCUGGACGUGAAAUACUUCGGUAAUAAUAUUAAUAUUAUUAAUAAUGAUGAUGAUAAUAAUAAAGAUGUGAAAACUCGCUUCUCAGUCAU